UGUGUGCAUGUAAUUAAGGAAUGCUGUUUGGUAUUCUGUCAUAUUUGACAAUUUGGUCAUAGUUUUUACAGUCAGUGUUUAAGAAGAGUGACAAAGUGUUGGACUGACUAACUAUUGGACAACAUUACUGUCUCAUGAAUACCGCAGUAAACUUUGUGCAGUUCAUCUUUUAUUACUAGUGACUUAUAAUGGUGAACUUACUGUAUACUCAGACUAAGGAUGGAUUUAUCAUUGCUAUUGAUACAGAUCGGCUACAGUCUGGUAUGGCGAACGGUGGGGGUGGCGAGUCAAUGGCUGCAGAUGAGAUGUAUCUCAUGCUACAGGCUGAUAUGAUUGGCAUAAAGCAGGAGGAGCAAGUUUUUCAAACCGAGAUCGAGGACAUUGCCUCAAAGGUCCACCAGCUUCUCGAGACGUGUGGGGUUGACUCCGACUCUAGCUCCGAAAUCAUGGCCCCUCCCUCCACUCCUUCCUUCAUGAAGACGACGGCAAGCUCCCUCACUCACGUCACCAAUCUGGAAACCCCGACCUUUCAGAAGACCCCCAGCCGGGGAUACUCAUGUCUGUCUGAUAGUGACGACGAGACCAGAUCCAUGUUUCCGGACAUUCAUGAGAUUAUUGAAGGUGUGGUGAAUAAGAGUGAUGGGCUACCUCUGAAUAUAUCCACCCUCUCAGCAAAGACUCUUGUGGAUAGAAACUCAAACUAUAUUGACUCACCUCAUAGUGAGGUGAAUGACAAUGACACUCCAGUGAUUGAGGCUAUUGCUAGUCUGGACAAAACCUCUGCCUCAGAUUCAACUACCUCAACAUCUACCUCAUCCUCCAGUAGCAGUUCACAUCGUAUGUCAUCAUCAGAUGGCUACCCAAAGUCAGAUGAAUCUACAGACAAUCAAAUUGUGCCUGAGUGUUAUGACUUGGAUAAGGAGUUUAUGUCACGACUCCAGUAUUACUCAGAUUUUACCCUUGAUCGUCAGAGAAAGAUCAACUCUAUGGUCAUGAGUUGUGGUGGCACUGCUAAAGACAGUAACACAUGUGAUGCAGCUGAGGAAAUCCUCACCCGACAUGUUGAGGGCAAGGAGUCCUCCCCUGAAAAGCCUGCAGUAGUGUUCAUCAAGCCAGUGGCUCCCCCACCAUCCACAAGUUCGGGGUCAGACUACCACUCCACACCAUCCUCCCGGCAACGACGGGACAGGCCAAACCGACAAAGGUACACCCGUACCAGCCGCAAGUCCACCUCAGUGCCUCUUGCCAACUCUACCAUGCUGGACGAGAGCUUCUCCUCCUCCAGUAGUGGACGUGGCAGUCACCAUGGUAACUCCCUCAUUCCCAAGGCUUCAUCAACCAUGAUCUAUGACUCUGGUUCGUCAGGCAGCAGCGGGCGAAGGAAUCACACUGGGGCUUCCAACCCUGUUGCCUGCUCCACCAUGCUGAACGAGUCCUUCCUGUCAACCGGCUCCAGUGGUUCCAGUGGCAGUAGGCACAAGUCCAACCCAAUGGCUAACUCUACCAUGAUUGGGGAGUUACCCCCCAUGGUGCCCAGCGGGGGCAAGGCCACCAUCUCCGUGAUCCGGCCCAACAGUGACCACAGUGACUGUGAAAGUGUGUACACAUGGUCAAUUCAUGAUGGGGACAGUGGGUCUGAUAAGGACAUUAGCCUGGAGGAAUCUUACAUUAAGAAAGUGACUAAUUCAGAGAAGAAAGCCAACAACAAGCCUCCUCUUCCUCCAUCCAAACGUGCCAGAAGUGGUAGCAUUAGUUCACGAGACAGUGAUUCUGAGCACAGAUGUAAGGAUCAUAAAUUACAUGUGCUGUUAGGGGAGCCAUGCUCUAAGACCAUAUACGAUGUGGUAUCAGUGAUUGAACCCAGUGACACUUGCCAAGAGGAGGCCUUGUUUGUUGAAAGCAUGUGUGGGGACUUGACUGAAUGUUCUGUGCCUAAAUCAAACACUCUACCUCGCUCUAGUACCAGAGUAAAACUACAGGACAAGUCCAGUGGCAGCUCCUCUCUUGGAGCUCACAGAGCUUCCCUGCCAGACCUGACUAGUGUGUGUACCUCAAACUUCAAUGAUGAUCACAGUGUGCUGGAGUCGUUUAGUGAUGAUGAGAUGACGGCCAUGAGCGAGCGUCCUGAGUGUCAGGGCAAGUCUAGCUCUAGCAAUGACAAUCCAGCUAAUGCAGCCUCUCAAGGCAGUGGCAGUGCUAAUAUUGACUCAAUACUUACUGACAGUCCAACCAGCGUGUGCAGUAGUGGCAUUAACGCUCCAUACAACUCUCCAGGCACCAACAGUUCUCAUGUUAGUGGAGUCUCAAGCACCAGUGAUGCUAGAUCAUCAGACUCCAACAUUAACACCAGGGCACCCCAUGUGAACCUCCAGUCCCGCCUUGUGGCCCCCGCAAACUCGCCCAAGGUCCAGAAUGUGCCCGUGCCAGAGGGCGCCACCUUCAAGGUUCCAAAACAAACGCAGCCCCUCAAAAACCUCUUCCGCUUCAGACGUAAGUCAAAGACACCAGACAACAAGACAUCUACUCCCAAACAGUUCACCAACGGCUUGCCAAGCAGCAAACGUCAGUUGUUCCCCUCGGCUGGAACUGCUAACCUUCAGAGCGAAACCAGGGUUAUGGACAAGAAAGCUGUGAUUCGUAAAUUUAAGAAGUUUAGCGAUAGUUUCCGUCAACGUGACCGAUCAGGAAAGCCACAGAUUGAGACUCUUGCCAACUUAUAAUUUGAAUAUCAGUAUUAAUAAAACAUACAUUAUUGUGCAAUGUUUACCAGUGCAAGACUUGCCAUGAACUUGAAGUGAUUUUAGUGCUCUAGUUAAUGUUGUGACGUUGGUUGUGAGAUUUUAUGGUUGUGAUAAUCGUCUCAUUUUGUAUAUUUUUGUUCAAUUAUUAUGAUUAAGAAAUCCAUGUGAAUUAUUACUAACUUUCUGCAUGAGUUAUUUUAUUAAUGUUGUUCAGUUUGACUUUAUUUGCAACACUGCAAACUUUAAACUCACUGCUCAGUUGACAGUUUUUAGUUUGAUAACACUUUACUGCAGACUGUUUUUCUAACCCAACUUUUCUUCACUGCUUUAUUCUUUUUGUUGUUUGUAAAUUGAAAGCACAUGUAUUUUGUCAUGUAUAUUAACAGCAUUAUAUUACAUGUAUUGAAUAUUUAUUUACAGUGCUUGCUGUAUGUUGUUAAAGAUGAACAAUAAAAACAUGAAAAGUUA